AUGGCUAGCCGACAGGAAGAGUCCGAAGGCGGCGAGGAAAUCUGCAGGUUGCCGGAGGGGUGCAUCUCGCAUGUGCUCUCCUUCACGAUGCCUCGUGAUUCGUGCAGGUCGGCGCUCGUCUCGGCCACUUUCCGCUCCGCAGCGUUCCUGCCAUCCGAUUACCAGUCCAUCUUGUCGCAGGCCGUUGAUCCGGUCCGGUACUCGUCGAAGAGGGAUCUCUAUUUUCGUCUCUGCGACUCCAUUAUCAUCGGAAUGCUCCCUUCUCUCCUCGAUGCUGCCUUGAGUUUUGGAUUGGAGAGAUCAACGGGACAUAAAUGCUCCAUGAUAUCACCAAGAAGCAUGCAUAUUAUAGGGGGUGACGACAAACGAUAUUGGAGAUGGAUUUCUCUGCCCGAGCCAAG